ACGUUAGACUCCUCUCCUGGACUGUCGAUCGACACGCAUAAAUUAUUGUCAGGUUUAGCGCAGAGCAGCGGCUUGGCUAACUGGAUCUGUUAGAUACCGUGCCGGUCAACUUGUCUUCAUAUAGCAGACCGUGUGCUUCCAGCGAUUCUUCUGACAGCUGAUCUCGUCAGAGUUACUCCCAACACUUCGGACUUGAUUCCUACCCGUCCUGGUCUCGGAUAGCUGUCGCUCCGAGGGUCUAACCACACGGCGGCCUCUCCAGACACCCUACCCCUCCAGGCGAAACCGCCGGCUGUAUCACCAGGCCUCUCCGUUACCCAACCUUUUCAAUUGACAGCCUGAAAUUUUAAUGGCCAUCUCGUGGUGUUAACUAGCAUUAAUGGACACUUAAGAAGAUCGUGAUGGACAGACUUGACAAGAACAGUGAUCGCUGAGAAGAAACGGUUUCACAUUCGAUCACACAAUAUCAACGUUAUAAGUAUCAGACAUUAUCCCCUAAAACGUUAGACUGGAAAAGAAAGCAAGUUAUCAUCAGGGAGUAUCGACCCGUAUUUGACAACCGGUUCAGGUUUUCCAUGGACCCGUAUCAGUAUUUGGAUAGGAGCUAUAAACACAGACAUUAGAUCCAUCCGCUCCUCUUCUUCUUUCCAACUCCUCCUAGAUUCAAAAACUGCCCUCAGACGAUUGAUACUGAUCUGAGAACACAAUUAUGGACCCAUGGACACUAGAUCGAAUUCUUCAGGCGCAAGUUCAUUUUCGUGCUGGAAAUCGUGCCACGGUGGGGGCCCUGGCAGACCUUCCGAUGCUUCACGACCAGGGCGGCCCGGGGGUGAGCUCUCCGACCCCGCCCAUGAUCCCGUCCUUCGGCUUCACCCAGGAGCAGGUGGCUUGUGUGUGUGAGGUGCUCAUCCAGGGAGGGAACAUCGAGAGACUCGCCCGCUUCCUCUGGUCUCUACCAGCCUGUGAACAUCUCCACAAAAAUGAAAGUGUUCUCAAAGCAAAGUCCGUGGUCGCCUUUCACAGGGGCAACUUCAGGGAACUGUACAAAAUCUUGGAAAGCAACACAUUUUCCGUUCAUAACCAUCCCCAACUGCAAGCCCUUUGGCUCAAAGCCCACUAUCUGGAGGCAGAAAAACUACGUGGACGCCCCCUCGGGGCGGUGGGCAAAUAUCGGGUACGCCGGAAGUUUCCUUUGCCCAGAACAAUCUGGGAUGGUGAAGAAACCAGUUAUUGUUUUAAGGAAAAAUCACGAAACGUUCUGAGAGAAUGGUACGCCCACAAUCCGUACCCCUCACCCCGGGAGAAAAGGGAAUUGGCUGAGGGCACAGGCCUUACUACCACACAAGUGAGCAACUGGUUUAAAAAUAGACGACAGCGAGACAGAGCUGCCGAGCAAAAAGACCGGGAGACAACUCACUCAGGCCUGCAGGACCCCAAUUCUCCUAAUGACGACAGUCUCAAGGAUGAUACCCCGGGCAGUCUUAACGGACAGACGAAGCUGGAUGACCCCUCGGGCACCCCCCAGCAUACGCCCCAGUCCCACGCGGCCAUCUACGCCGAUCUACAGAAAUCCCAGCUGCUACCUAGUCCUACCUCGGGUACUAUCCCCAAUCUUUUUAGCGGCACCAACAGCGGCCCUUUGACCAGUCCGCAUUCCGCUAACAAUGGACCAACACAUGCCCAUGAUAAUAGCAUUUUCUCGGACUACCAGACUUUAUAAGGCUUCCUGUCCUCUUUAUAUACCCUCUAUAUUAUAAGGACUAUUGGUAGCCAAUCUUUAGGAAUACUAUUUCCAUGUCUCAUCAUUUAUGUGGCUAAUUUACAUAUCCACCGGGAGUUUAUCACGGUACAAAAGUACGUUACCGUAGUGACUUUCGAUAUGUCAUUGUGGUGACCUUGCAUGGGUGCAGGUUUUUUAUCUGUUUAUUUUUUUUCGGGCAAACGACCAGUGUGCAGCUUAGAGGAACUACGUUGGUAUCCAUCGCUCUUUGAAUAUAUGAUGACAGCGUUUAGUUGUCAUCCAGAUAGCAGUAGUAUUGGAUAUUCGCCAUUUGACGGCACCAGAUGAUAUGAAUGUCAGAUGUACUCAAGUAUACACGCAACUGUUCCCAACUACUUAGGUCAUAACCACUGGAUGUAUACACUGAAUGUAGAUCGGCUUGCUCAGCUCUUAAGAAAGGCCCGCCCCAUCAGGCAACUGUUUACCGCAUUCUUGACCAGCUUUAAUCAAGCAUUGUCAACAACUACACAACCCCUGCAAUGGUCUGUCGUGCUUCUAGGCCUAAAGGUAACUCCCAAAGGAUGGCCAACGGCAUGAAAAACUCGGAACUAUUUUACGCCUGAAUUAAAUGCAGCUGUUGGUCUGUUUCUUAACAACGUCUGGGAAACGUCUUUUUCCGAAGGAACUACACCCAAAAUAUUUUGAUAGUUUUUCAGUCCUGUCGGUGGACAUGUUUCAACUGGUGUGUAACAGCCUGGGGUGAAGUGGGCGCAAUUCGAACUGGCUCUCUCUCCCCCUGUUCUGGAGUUAGUUAAGAUUUUUCAUCACCGCGUAGGAUGGUAACCCGGACGCUGAACGAAGCUGGGAACACGUGCUUAUGGAAUAACAGGGUGACUGCCAUUCCAACCAUUAUGCGGAGAGUGAGUAAGUAAGUAUGAGAAUUCUGACUGGGAGCAAAAAGCUAGGUCAAGAGGGGCAACAAAUUGACUGAAUCAACUUGGAGCAUUAUCAGUAGCAAUCUGUCAAGAAUGUCCGUAUCGUAUGACGUCUGAAACGUGUGAUUGGUGGGCCUACCUGCACGAACAUUUUUACUGAGAUUCGGAAUGAUCAAGGGGCGGAGAAUCCAUUUUCUUCCAUCGGAGACUCACAUCAGUGCAUCUGUACUAUAUAUAUAUACUACAUGAAUUACAAAGGAUUGGAUGUUCAUGCAGUUUUAAAAAUGCCAAGGUGUGCAAUAAGUCCUAAUGUGUAUCAGAUAGCUAUAUCCACUCCAGUCAUAUUGAUUAUCGAGUGCUAAGGAAAGAAUAAUGUUUUAUUGACAUGCUCAGUGCUAAUAAAGCAACUGUAUAUUUUUUAAACAUUGAAAAUAUCAAAAUAUUGUGGAAAAUGAAUCUGUUUUAGAUGUAACUGUGUAACGUGGAAACUAGGGAACAUUGAACAGAAACGGCGAGAUCACUUAAAAAAAAACUGUUCCUGUCCUGAAGAAUUUCCAGUUAAAAGUGUUUUUGUACAGAAAAGAUGUGGUUGAAAUUUAGAAAUUUCAGAGCUGUGCUUGUUUUCCUGUCUUAAGUACUGCUCGUACUGAUGGCACUGUAACACAAUGCCUCCAUUUACUGUAAUUACAUAGGAAUCAGCUUUAGUUCCAUGUCCAGUAACCUCAUGAACACUUCAACUCAUCGGAAUACAUUCAUGUUUGUCCAGUAUCUCACAGGAAGCGAUGUUUUAAUAAUCAACAAGAUGGUUUUAUUCGAUAAAAUAGCCAGGAUUUUGUAUGCUGAAUCUGUUCUGCAAUCUUUCACUUGACGACAGCUUUUUAUCCCGUGUGAAUAGUGUAUGCCACUAAAUCUACAGAAAACACGGUAUAAUUGAAGCCAGAGAUAUACAGACAUUGGUAUACAUAAUUAUGAAAUUCCAUGAAAAUAGUAUUAAAGAAUGACCGCACAGUAACACGUGCGGAAGUCAAGAACCUCCGCAAUGCGUACCAUGACAGUGUAUUUAGCUUAGGAUAAUUGUUUUUGUUUCUGUUUCAACCGAUCUAUGUUUCCUCCCAGUACUUGAUUUUACAAAGACUAGCGCUGGAUAUAAUGCUUUAUGUGUCUGCUUUACUACAUUGUGCGUCCGCUGCAUUGACGUGACUGUUUUAUGGACUAUACAGUGAUCGUUAUGGGGGUGUGUUCGCACUUCCAAUGUGAUCAGGCUGUUUUCAGGGCGUGAGGGUUGAGUGUUUCUAAACAAUAUGACCAAUGACUGAUGUAACAGGUGUUUAUUAGCGUCGAGAGCAAACCAUUGGAGAUUGUGAGUUAUUGUAGAUUACACAAUGUGGUAUUAAAUAAACUGUAGUUUUGUACUA